AUGGCCUUUGAAACCAUAAGCCUCCAAAACACCCUCGACCCCAACGGAAGGGUUUUUGAGAUUCCGCGCUCUGCCGCCGAGCACUCAGUCGUCGUCCGUCAACUACUCGAGGACUUCAGCAGCUUGGAAUUCGGCCAAAGCGUCAUCCCCAUCUCGGUUAAUGUCAGUGAGGAGUGCCUGGACAAGGUUUUCGAGUGGACCACGCACUGGCGCGACGCGCCCAAGGCAGCUGACGACGGGGCCGCCGCCGGCAAUGUGACAGCCGUCGAGUUCACCCCCUGGGACGACCAGUUCUUUAGCAACGUUGACCAGGACAUGCUGUUCGAGAUCCUGGUCGCCACAAACUACCUCGACAUCAAGCCGCUGUACGACAUGGCCUGCCAGAUCGUCGCCGACAUGAUCCGCGGUAAGAGCACGGAGGAGAUUCGCCAGAUUCUCAACAUCAGGAAUGACUUUACCCCUGAGCACGAGGAAGCCAGGCGCAGGGAGGCCUUGUAG